CCGGAAGACAACCAACUUCAGAAAUGAAAGUGGAAUACUAUAAAUGAAAGAGAAUGCACGGUUCUUUUAGAAGCUUACAAUUCAGAUGGUUUAAAUGACUUUUUAAUCUAAAUGAACAAACUGGUCUUAUGAAUUUUUUGAUGUUACAUUGUGAUGACAUUGAUUGAUGAGUAUAAUGGCAAGGUAUGAAGCGGCAUCGUCGAUAAUUGGAAAUAUCAACUUCAAAAAAGCUUUAUUCCAGUCUCCAUCACCAGUCCCAGAGACAUCAAAAGCUGCUGCUGGACCAGGUAAUCUGAUUCCCAUAUUUUUUAAUUGAAAUUUAAGACCAUAAGAUUCUAGCUUGGGUUUUUAAUAGCUGCUUCACCCUCUGCUUCAAUUACACUUGUUCAGCAUCUUGCUUGCACUUCAAAGUCAAAGCUUUUCUUUAACGUUACUUUUCUAUUUUAUUGUAUGUGACCUAGGCCUAGGUUACUAGAUACUUCAGUAAAAAAAUUAUAAAAAUAUUAUAAUUUUAUAGAGCAAACUUCAAAUAAAAAAAUGAACCAGAAUCAACUUUCUAGUUUUAGUACUUUUUGAGCUAUACAUUUUUUAAGUAAAGUGCAAGUUCUUUGAUAUUUUUUAUAUUAUGAAUAAUUAUGGACUGCACCACCAUAUUUUGUGACCCCAUUCCACUGAUCGCGCCAUGAGAAUUAACUCUUGUUUAAAUUAUGCUUUUUUAAAUAUUAAUAAUAAAUAAUAAUAAACUUUAAUUGAAAAUCACACUUCAUCCCCAUAGGCAUAGGCUUGAAGCACGGUACGAAGUCAACCAUAUUUAAAGAGAAUUGAAAAAAUCUAUAUUAUACCACAUUGAAUUACAAAACGCAACAUUACAAAAACUACAAACGAGAUACUCAUUCUAAGUCUUUCAUCCCUUGUACCCAUGAACAACACAAGCCAAUAUACAUCUAGGAGAUAAUAGCUAGCUGGAAAAGAUGGUAGACAUCACCCCAGCAGGUGUUAGCGAAAUAGAUGUGUUUUUAAUCAGUUUUGAAAGACACCAGUGUCUGGCUGUGUCUGAGAGCGACAGGAAGUGUGUUCCAAAUUGUUGGGCCAGCAAAUGCGAAAGUGCGCCUUCUGUAAGUCUCAAGGCGAACAAGUAGUAUUGAGAGUUUGCCACUAUAUGAUGAGCGGAGCUGUCCAGUGGGUAUAUAAGUCGUCAUGAGCGCUUUGAGAUAAGGCGGUGCCAGGUCAUGCAAGCAUCGGUAGCACAGAGUUGCAAUUUUUUAUUCUAUGCGAGCGCUGACCGGCAGCCAAUGCAACUCUCUCAGAAGUAUUUUAGCAUGGUCAAAUUUGCGUUUGCGAAGAGCGCAUUAUUCUGUGCUUUUUUAAUUUUAUCCAGGAGCGUAGCUGAAAGACCCACCAUGAGAGCAUUGCAGUAGUCCAUGCGUGACAGCACAAAUCCACACAUCAGCCUCUUUGUUGCAUCAAACAUUAAGAAAGGUCUGAUAUGACUAAUUCUGCGCAGCUCUAGAAUAAUCGCCUUGCAAAGCAUGUUAAUGUGAUUUUCCAUAGUUAGUAUUCUAAGUAGACACCCAGGUUUCGCACUGUUUGAUCAAACUGAAUCUGUAUACCUGAGAGAGUAAGGGAUGGUGUGUUGUUUACAGAUUUUAGCUUUUGAGCGGUAGCAAUGGGGAUCAGCUCAGCCUUUUCAUCGUUUAAAUUGAGGCUUAGGACCGAGCUCUGGGGUACUCCAAAUCAAUAAUAGAUUGCUUCGAGGUCAAGCCAUUUGCGAUAAAUGAUUGGACCCGAUUAGUCAGAUACGAACUGAACCAUCUCAGAACGGUAUCGGUAAAACCAAAUGUUUUUUGCAGACGUUGGAGAAGUAUGCCGUGGUCAAGCGUUUCGAACGCUGCCGAUAGAUCAGGUAAUGACCAAAGGGAUACCUUGCCCUCAUCACAAGAUGGCAGAAGGUCAUUUACGACAUGCAACAGGGCUGUCUCAUUAGAGUGAUUUGCCAUGUAUGCUGACUGAAAAGGCUCAAACAAGUAAAACUGAAUAAUGUGGUUCAGUAGCUGGUGCAAAACGACUUUCUCUACGAUUUUUGAUACAAAUGGUAGAUUUGAGACAGGGCGAUAAUUUUCAAACACAUUUGGGUCGAGAUUUGCUUUCUGUAGCAGUCGAGUUACAACUGCUCUUUAAAAGAGGAAGGACCAAUACCAGUUUUCAAAGACUGAUUUAUAAUAAUAGUUAUGAUAGGGACUAUUUCAUCCAAACAUUCGUACAACAGCCCUGCCGGAAGAGGGUUGAGCAUACAUGACUUUUUCAGGGAGUCAACCAGGAUUUUUUUCCCUUGCAAUUCAGUGACCUCCAAAAAUUCGCUCAUAGGAGUGCCAUUAAACGGCAAGAAUUCAGGAGUAUCUGUGCAAAUGUCAAGUCUCACCCUGAUUUUCGUAACUUUUGUAAUAAAGAACUCUUUUAGACAGCUCACCUACAGCAAUGUUAUUUGGCAAAGAUGUGUCCUUCCGUUUACCUGUCAGCUGACUCACAAUACGAAAUAAGUCCCUACUUAAGCUACAAUCUACAAUAUGGUGACUGUCAUAUUCAGUCCUAGCUGCAUGGACCAACUUCUUAGUUCGUUCCUUGUAAUAAACAAAGAUUUUUCGAUGCAAGGUCAAGUCAGACUUUCGCCAUUUGCGUGCGUCCUUUAUUUCGGGCCUGAGCUAUGGUGCAGAUGGGUGGUCCCUAAAGUGUGGACAGUGGUGCAUGUUUGUCUAAAAUGACUGCGAGGCCACUUUUUUAGUCUGUCGCAGCGUCUUCUUCACUGCACCUGAGGGCUGCGACGUCACAUCUGAUGACCACUAGAUCUAUCUUUCAGAGGUCGUGGGAUGUGCCUGUGAGCAGAAGGCGCCCUGGCUUCCUCAAGUCAAAGUCAAAGGUUACUGGGAAAUGAUCAGAGAUCAUUUUUUCUUCAAUAAUAAGGUUGCGGAUCAUAGCUGCACGGUCCUAUCUGACAACUAGCCAAUCUAGGUGUGACCCCGCUUCCCGCUUCUGUGUCGCGACACUGACAAUCUGAGUCAUUUCGUGUGUGCCCAGAGCUGAUUUUAAGGUCUUACAUGGCUGUUGAUGGUGGAAUCAUAAUGGCAGUUUGUGUCGCCUUUAUGAUUAUGCUGUUGUUGGUGGAAGCAUACAUGUCAAGGAGCUGUAGAAACUCUGCAGUAAACUGACAGAUCUUCAACUUAUUUUGCUUAUUAGGAGGUGGCCUAUAUAUGCACAGAAACGCCAUCACUUGGUCACCAUAAUUAAGUUGCAUCUUGCACAUCUCAAAUGAAACAAACUUGUCCAAUUUUGAGAAUGCCACACUAUUUUUGAGGGAGCUCCUGUAAAGGUUACUAGGACAAGUAUAAUGAACGUAUAAAAUGAGUACAUCAAUGAGAAUUGGUACACAUAUACAUCAAUUAUCAAUAUAUAUUGCUUUUCAAGAUAAGAACUAAUAUGAAAGACAUAGCCUUCGAAUUUCUUAAAGAAAUUUUAAGGGGAAAAUGUGCUAAUAUACCUAUGAAUUUUCAAUAUUAAGGUUGAUCAAAUAAGGCAAAACAAUAUGUGGGAAUGUAGGUCAAGAUGUCCCCUAUUGUGAACAUGUCUUCCGGCAACUACAUAGGAGACCUCCAUAGUUUUUUACUAUGCUGUUACUUGUUCUACUUCUACUUGUCUUGUUUGCUGAUGAAGGCUCUAAGCCGAAACGUCCAAAUCUUUUGUCCUGUCUUUUUAUUCACGUUUAGCGUACCUUUUUAUUAUAUUUCAUUUACACAACUUGAAUGGAGUCCAUCAAUUAUUAUCUUUUUAUUUUGUAAACAUUUGGAAGGAUACCACAAUUUUAUGACAAAAUAGUCCUUUCAUUAAUGAUAAGGCACCAACAUGCGAAAAUUAAAAACUCUGAUUUUUCUGCGCCGACUCUCAUACAUAUUUUGAAGUAGUCUACCUUGCUUUACAGAAGUGCCUACUUUAUUUGACUUGACUCAACUAAACUAAUACUACAACACUUUUUUUUUAGUCUUAAUCAUGAUUAGCAGAUAUGUUACCACAAUCUUUCUUGUCUUUGGUCUUCUUAUUACAGGAUAAAUAUCACGAUUAUAAUUGCAAAUAUUAUUUUAUAUAUAAUUAUAGUAUAAGAAAAAGUUCAACACUACAUUUAUUUUUAAAAAUAUUGCCAUGUGUCGCUAUUUUAAAGAUGGGAUAAGUUAUAGUUAAAUUGUAGUCCUAAUUUUAAUAAUUACGGCUAUGGGUUUCUUGAUCUGAAUUAAUAAAUGGUUUGGGGGGAGAGUGAUUUUAGGACACCCUAAAAUCCACAACGUGAACCUUCAUUGGCUUCCACAGGCCUCACACCUUGCGGUAGAACACUGUUGUAGCUCUGUUGUACAAGCGGACAGAAGACGCUACAUUACAGAAAUAAUUCCAGUGCCAGUAGUAGCAUCAUGCCCUUUUGUUUGGCAAUUUCAUGUUUAGAUUCUUCCAGAUGAAAAGCAGCUGCUCCCUCUUUUUCUUAAUGUUUCUAUCCUUAUGUUUUUCUUCAGAGAUAGUCCCUUCCAUGUCACUAAUAUACAAAGUACAGCUGGAACAAGAUAUCGACAUGAAUUUAUAUUACAUCAAAAAAGGUAUUUUGAAAGCUUACAUUGUUAUAUAUUUCUUUAUAUAGAUUACAUUCAAAGUUUUACACUAUAACUAUAGUUAUAUCAUUUAAAGAGUGUUUUGAAUUUCUGUCAUUUAUAAUGGAUAAUGGAUUACAGUGAGAGUCAAAGUGAGAGUCUGUGUUUUUCUAGGGUGAUCCUAUGCUACCAACUAAUACCAGAUAAUAUCCAAUCAUACAUUUUAUGUUUCCUUCCAUCUUUUGUUUAAAGCUUCUCUCUGUUGAAUUAAACACCGUAAACUUGAUUAAUUGAAUCAUAGAAGAGGAUGCAGAACUUGAAUUUGUUUCUCAUCUGCUUAUACUUAUAGUUCCAGUAUUUAUUUGGAUACUCUCCCUUUCUAUCAUUCCAUGCGCUCUCUUUCCCAUUCAUUCCAUCUGUUGUUUGGAAGUUAAGUGGUGCAUAGCCAAGUUGGUAUUGACCUUAUGAUGGGGUUAGCUCUGCUCCCUUAAGCCUUUUUGGGAUUGCUAAGAUGCCUGACUACUCUGACCAUGAACAGUUCUCAGAUGUACCACUAGACAACUUCACUGCAUGGCAACCUACUCAUGAGUAAUUUCUUAUGUUAUGGUUCAAAUUAUGUCCAGAAGAUAACACCUGGGAAUUUUUUGAACUGUAGGUUUAUUUCUAUUGACAUCUCUCUUAACAAGAUCCUUUGAAUGGGUUUGUUGUUUUUUUCUAUUAACCAAAAAUUACAAGGAUUACAAAUUUUACUUUUGUCUCUUAUUACUAUUUUGAAACUAUUUUUGGUUGAUUUUGUUUUUUCUAGACUUGCACAUCCAGAGGCUGAAAGAGUUGAGGGAACUUGCCAGCAAGCUUCAGGAUGACAACUGGAGAUAUGAGUCAGCUGAACAACUCACUGGACUGCAAUAACUCUUAGUGUGGGUUUUCUCUCAAUGACUUUUGUGAAAAGAAAUUUAAUAUGUUAGCAAGAGUCUGAGGACAGCAAAGUACAAUCUAACAUCUAAAUAAUCUGAUGGUUGUCUAAGGUUACUCUGAUAUAAUACCCAUAAGGGCACAGCAUGGUAUUGGGGGCUAUAGUUUUCUUAUUGUCACAGAUGAGAUGGUGGUGUGAGGUAUAGCCCAUCGCAUACCAUGCAGUAUUGGUGUUGGUUAAUGCGGGGCUGCACCUCUCUGUGAUAGUUCAGUAAUCCAGAUGUUGAGGAAUACCAUGAAGACAACACAAACCUCCAUGAAUGACUAAGAAAUUCCUGAGUAACAAUUAUAAACAAAAGAAUGUAUUGAUCAAUCUAAUAUAGUCUAGAAAUGUUUCUUUUCUAACUGUUAACAUCCAGUUAUCUCCUGUGCUUAAAACCCCCAAAACAUUACUCCCCUUCCUCCGAAAAUCGCACCCCAGCUCAUUUAUCAUUAAAUAAAAGUUUUGCCACAUAUGGGGAAGUUCUUAACAAAAAACAUUAAUAAAUGACUUGAAGAAGCAAUGGAGCGCUGUUGUUAUUAAACCCCAGCCCAGUCAUUUGUGACAAGUAUUAUAUAGGAAAAUCAAAGUGGCUAUUCGUACCUGGGUACCAGAAGUGAGAGUUUGAGAUUUAAAAGCUAUUUAAAAUAAUUGGACUAUCCAAAUAGCACUGAGUCAAAAUGGACCUAGACACACAGCGCCGGCAUUCGCGCCCGGGUACCAUUAGACUCGAGCUAUUCGGAUGUCAUUUGUGGUAGUUUAUUUUAGUUAAACUGAAGAAGUAAGUUUACAAACAUAUAGUCCAUUCAAUUAUCUUUCAUUUGAUACCUCAUUUUGUCUUACAAACCCAACAUUAAAAUUUUAAAUAGUUUUUAAUCCCAACCUCUCACUUCUGGUACCCGUGUAUGAAUAGUCGCAGCCAAGGGAAAUCGUGUCCAUUCAAGUAUAAUAGUUCAUUUAUAAAAUGUUCAUUUCUGCUUGUAUGUAUUCUAAUGUUAUGUUAAAGAUUGGGUCGGAGGUGCAGGAUAAAUAUUUAGCAGUUUUUUUGUUGUUUCCCUGUCCACUUUCAAUGAAUGCCCGGGCAGACCUAUUAAUUUUGUCAUAAUUUGUUGCCACUGGCUAAGAUGAUAUUUUUUUUCAUCUGGUUUUUUUUGGGGGGUGGGGGUCAUUUACUUGAUGUAAAUAAACUAAAUAACAAAUGCUUUUUUGUGAAUAUCACCAAUCAAGGUCAUCGUAAAGGUCAGAUUUAAUCAAAAGAAAUGAUGUUUAGAGAAACCUGGCACUUUCCAUUAAAAAAGCCAACUUUUGUUUCAGAAAAGAUCUUGACAGUUAACAAUGGCAGGAUCUCCUCUUAUGCCAGGUCUUCCCAAUCAGGGAUGCCAGCACCACCAGGGGGUGCGAUAUUGCAUUUCAAGGGGUGCAAAGGAAAAGAAUAUAAAAAAAAGAAAAGAACAUUAGUCUUUAAGUUAUGAUAUAAAUGUUAAUAUAUUUCUAUUAACAAUUUCCUUUAUAUAAUAAGGUUAUUUUUGUUGUUGUUAAGUUCCCCAGUGCUCUGCUAUUCAAUAAAUAGGUAGAAGUCAAUUAUUUUAAAAUGCAUUUUUUUUUAAGGGGUUACAAGACUAGUCAAAUAAUUUGGGGUAAAGAAAAGGUUAGGAAACACAGUCUUAUGCCAUGAUGUAAUCUUAUUUAUCUAAUAUUUGAGGGCUACCAAUGAUCCCUUGUGACAUCCAAAUAAAGCCUGAUGCUGUGAUAUUUCAUGGCAAACAUUUGAAUGACCUGCCCUUGAGUCAACGAAACAUUCAUCAUUUUUUGUAUAGAUUUAUUUUUGUCAUAAAUGCAUUCAAGAAAUGUAAUUUGAUAUAAUAUGCCUUCUUUAUGAGUGAUGUUACAUUGUACCAUGUUCUCUUUAUGAAUGAUGUUCACAUUAUCAUGUCUUCUUUAGGAAUGAUAUUCACUGUAUCAUGCUAUUUGUAAUGAUGUUCACUGUAUCAUCCUAUUUGUAAUGAUGUUUGGUAGUGGCUCUAUAGCAGCAACCAAUGAGUUCACAUCUUUAAGGGGAAGCAACACUGCAAGUGUAAGAUGAAGUUUUAGUUGUAUGAAAACUAUGAUAAACAUUGGCCAGAUUUAGUCUCUGAUUAUAUGUCUUUUAUAUGUUUAUAAUGAAUUUUCCAUCAUUAAUUUUACUCUUUUUUAAUGAUUAAAACUUGGUUU